AUAAAGAGAAAUAUAAAAUAUAUUGAACAUAGAAAUAAAUCAGCUUACAUCUUUAAAAACGGUUAAGAAUAAAUAUAUAUAUAUAUAUCCAAAGAUCAUAUAAGAUUAAAUGCAUAUUGGUUAGAAAAAACCAAUCAGAAGACGACUGCUGUUAAAUUAGUUAAAAUAGGGGAGAAGUUUUAAGUACUGAAAUACGUUCCCGCAGCCGGGCAAUGAGUUCUUAUGUCCAGGUUGGGUAGAACACAGAUUCUGGCUACGAAUUACAGCCAUCAUCGUCGACAUCAACAAUCAAGUGGUUCGAGUCAACAAGAACUGCAGAACCAGGUGGAAGCUUGUAGUGUAGUUACAAAGUGGCCUAAGUACAAUUUUACAGAACGAGAAAGUGUAGAUAACACUAUGACAGAUACAGCUGCUACAUCUCCAGGGAAUGGCACACAAACCAAAAGGGCAAACUUUUCUUUAGCUGUUGCCAAUCCUAAUGGAGUCAAUAAAAUAACACAAAGCUUAGCCACGGGUAAACCAGGCACUGCUAAAAAACUUAUUAUUAAAAACUUUAAAGAUAAGCCAAAGCUUCCUGAGAACUAUCAAGAAGAAACAUGGGAGAAGCUUAGAGAAGCAGUAGUUGCAAUACAAACUAGUAAAAGCAUACGUUAUUCAUUGGAAGAAUUAUACAAAGCUGUAGAAAAUAUGUGCAGUCAUAAAAUGGCUUCGACACUUUAUAGCAAUCUAACGGUGCUAGUGGAAACUCAUGUUAAGGCUAAUAUUGAGCAAUUUUUAGCAGAGUCAAUGGACAGACACAUUUUUUUAAAAAAAAUGAAUGAAUGUUGGCAAUCACAUUGUAGACAGAUGAUAAUGAUUCGCAGUAUAUUUCUAUAUCUAGACAGAACUUACGUCCUUCAAAAUCCUAGUAUUUCAUCUAUCUGGGAUAUGGGCCUGUACCUCUUUAGAUUGCAUAUCGUACUGAAUAAUUUAGUGCAAACACGUACUGUAGAGGGUUUGCUGAUGCUGAUUGAAAAGGAACGGCAAGGAGAUACUGUUGAUCGAACUCUUCUCAAAUCCCUUCUGCGAAUGCUCUCUGACUUGCAGAUUUAUCAAGAUGCUUUUGAGUCCAAAUUUCUCAUUGCUACUGAGAGGCUUUAUGCUGCUGAAGGUCAAAGACUUAUGCAGGAACACUAUGUACCCGAGUAUUUAGCACACGUUGAUAAACGUCUUCAGGAAGAGAAUGAAAGACUAUUACAUUAUCUUGAUACUUCUACUAAGUGGUCAUUAAUACAUACUGUAGAAAAACAAUUGUUAUCAGAGCAUGUCAGUAGUAUUUUACAAAAAGGACUAAGUGGAUUAUUGGACGAAAAUAGAAUAAGUGACUUGUCCUUACUUUAUAAUUUAUAUAGUCGUAUAAAGAAUGGCUUAGUGGAGCUCUGUUUAAAUUUUAAUUGUUAUAUUAAAAAAAGAGGUAAAACAAUAGUCAUAGAUCCAGAGAAAGAUAAAACCAUGGUACAAGAACUCCUAGAUUUUAAAGAUAAAAUGGACAAUAUUGUCAACACGUGCUUUCAUAGAAAUGAAAAGUUUGCCAAUAGUUUGAAGGAAGCUUUUGAAGCUUUCAUUAAUCAAAGAGCAAAUAAGCCAGCUGAACUAAUAGCGAAAUUUGUCGAUUGUAAAUUGCGAGCUGGCAACAAAGAAGCUACAGAAGAGGAGCUGGAACGCCUUCUCGACAAAAUUAUGGUUCUAUUUCGUUUCAUUCACGGCAAGGAUGUGUUCGAGGCGUUCUAUAAAAAGGAUCUAGCGAAACGGCUUUUGGUCGGGAAAUCCGCUUCCGUAGACGCGGAAAAGUCUAUGCUCUCAAAAUUAAAGCCGGAAUGAGGGGGCGGCUUCACCGGACAAGCAGGUAUGUUCAAAGACAUGGAGCUAAGCAAGGACAUAAAUAUUGCGUUUAAGCAAUACUCUGGCAACCUUCAGAGUGAACUCAUAGCGAGUAAUCUCGAUUUGACCGUCUCGAUACUCACAAUGGGCUAUUGGCCGACGUAUCCGGUGAUGGAAGUUACCUUGCCCCCAGAGAUGGUCCAAUAUCAAGAUAUCUUCAACAAGUUUUACCUGGGUAAACAUAGCGGCAGGAAGCUGCAGUGGCAGCCGACCCUUGGCCAUUGCGUACUCAAGGCUUGGUUUAAUCAGGGUAACAAAGAAUUGCAGGUUUCAUUAUUCCAAGCAUUAGUUUUAAUUCUCUUUAACGAAGUGGACAAUUUAUCCUUUGAAGAGAUUAAGGCUGCAACGAAUAUCGAAGAUGGUGAGCUUAGAAGGACACUGCAGUCGUUAGCUUGCGGCAAAGCUCGAGUUCUUCAAAAAAAUCCCAAAGGAAGAGAUAUUGCCGAUAAUGACAGAUUUAUUUUCAAUGCCGAUUUCACCAAUAAACUUUUCAGAAUAAAGAUCAAUCAAAUACAAAUGAAGGAAACGAACGAGGAACAAAAAGCAACAGAAGAACGAGUCUAUCAAGAUAGACAGUAUCAAAUAGAUGCAGCAAUCGUCAGAAUUAUGAAAAUGCGAAAAACUUUAACACAUAAUCUUCUUAUAAGUGAAUUGUACAAUCAACUUAAGUUCCCAGUUAAGCCCGCCGAUCUGAAAAAGCGAAUAGAAUCGUUGAUUGAUCGAGACUAUAUGGAAAGAGAUAAGGACAAUGCAAAUCAAUAUAAUUACGUUGCGUAACCUCGUCAUAUAAAUGCCAAAGCUAUAACAUAUUGGGCCGUGGUGAGAGUAUUUAGUAAAAAAUAAAAAAAUAACAAAAAAAAAUUAAAUUAAAUAGCAUUCAAAAUUUGAGAAAAAAAGCACAAGAAAGAAAAUAAUAAACUAAUUUUAGUGGUGUUUGUGAGCGUGUAUGUGUAAACUAAAAAGAAAAGAACAAUAAUACGUUCGAUAGGAAGCAAUACAUAAUAAGAGCGUUAAACUUUUUAUCUGGAGUAACUGAUUUCUGAAUCUCUGAAAGCAUCGAUUUACCAUAAGCCUUUAUUUUAUAUACUUAUA